AUGAUGUACGAUCAAUUCCUCAUUGUUGAUUGCCCAACGACAUACAAUAUCAUAAUAGGCCGAAUGGCACUCACCGAGGUCAAGGCGCACCUAUCCCUCCAUAUGUUGGUCAUGAAAUUUCCAACUUGCCAUGGCACAAGUGUAAUCAAAGGAGACCAGCUCAGUGCAUGGACCUGCUAUGCAACAGUGCUUAAAUUGGAAGCUCUCAAACCUCCUAGGGAGACCCUCGUUGUUCACGGAACACAGAAUAGUAGGGAGCCUAUAGACGACCCUAGAAACGAAACACCGAUGCCGCAAGCGCAACCCGCUGAAGACUUGGAAACAGUCAUCUUGAACGAAGAUCAACCAAACCGAUGCGUGAAAAUCGGUUCCGCACUCACUAUGGAGUUCAUUCAAUCUCUACAUCACCACUCUGAGGUAUUUGCUUGGUCAUACAACGAUCGGAACUAUACCGAUCUAAACAAAGCUUGUCCGAAGGGUAGCUUUCCAUUACCACGAAUUGACCAGCUAGUGGAUGCCACUGCUGGUCAUGAGUUGCUUAGCUUUAUAGAUGCAUACUCAAGAUACAAUCAGAUUUUUAUGCACCAUGUCGAUAGCGAACACACGAGAUUCAUCACAGACAGGGGACUAUACUGUUAUAAUGUCAUGCUGUUCGGUUUGAAGAAUGCAGGAGCAACAUACCAAAGGUUGGUCAACCAAAUCUUUGCCAAGGACAUCGACAGCACCAUGGAGGUCUAUGUCGAUGAUAUGUUGGUAAAAAGCAAAACAGUAGAUGAACACCUUCACAACUUAUCCCUCAUGUUCGAUAUCCUUAAGGAAUACCGGAUAAGACUUAACCCCACUAAGUGCUCAUUCGGUGUAUCUUUUGGGAAGUUUAUUGGUUUCAUGGUUAGCCAGAGAGGAAUCGAAGAGAACCCCAAAAAAAUUAAAGCUUUAAUUAAUAUGGAAAGGUCGAAGAAAUAG